AUGAAACAUCUAGCUCCUAAAAAGAGCAAAAAUGUUGCGUUCAAGGUUGUGAAUGAAGAAGAUGAAGGGCAUUCAAAUGAAGAUUAUAGUGAUGAGGAAUUAACGAUUCUCACAAGACGAUUCAUGAACUUUCUUAAGAAUCAGGAUAUAAGGAGUCGAGAUUCAAAAGGCUAUGGACACAUAUCUUCAGAAUGUGCCAACACCUUAAAGAAACAAAAGGAUGGCAAGAAUAAGGCAAUGCAUACUACUUGGAGUGAUAGUGAAUCGGAAUGUGAGAAUGAUGAAAAGGCGGUUGCACUCAUAACCACAAUUAGCUUGGAUGAAUCACAUGAGGAUGAUGAUUGUAAAGAUAUAAAUAUUGAGUUUAUCAUGAACAAAUAUGAUGAUUUGUUGGCUGCCUCUCAGAAGCAAAGUAAACAAAAUAGUGAACUUGUCAAAGAAGUUGCUGUGCUGAAGCUGGAAAAUUGCAGGAUUGCAAACGAGUUUCAAUCCCCUGACACAGAUUCCAAAAAGAUGAUUAGCAUGGGAAGAAGAGAUGGUGACAAACGAGGCUUGGGAUUUGAACCAAGUAAUAAGUCUUCCGCUGUGUCUAAAACAAAGUUUGUCAAAUCCUCUUCAUCUAUUGAACUUUCUGCCGCUCAUGAAGUUAAGAAAUUCAUUCCAAUUUGUCACUUUUGUGGAACUCGUGGGCACAUAAGACCAAGAUGCAAUAAGCUUCGAAACGAAUUUGUUAGUUAA